AUGAUUCGACUCAAUGUAUUCCUUACAAUUAUGGUCUUAGGUAUUCAAGCUGCUGUCGAUCCUGUUGUAACAACUGUCGAUCCCAAACAUGAACUACUUACAGAAAUUGUCGGCAGAUACCGUUUAGCUGCUCGGCAUUUACGAGAAACGCAGUCUACUCUCCCUUUCGAAUUACAAUUUCCAAUUCACGAUAUAAUCAAAAUCGAUGGUGCCACCAAUGAGCUCGUCAUUCGAGCAACAAUUCGCAUGGAUUAUCAAUUCGAAUUUCUCCAUUGGGAUUCGAAUGAUACCCGCAGUCGAUACUACGAUAUCGAUGAAAUCGUUCUAACGAAAUCAACAUUGCAAUCCCUCUGGUUGCCCGAUCUCCGUUUUACUGAAGAUGAAUCCAUUACCUUUAACGUCGAACGCGAAUCGGCGAAAAUCAACCGUGAUGGUCUUGUCACAUGGACGCGUCGAGGUCUGUUCACAUUGGCAUCACCUAUCGAUCUGACUUAUUAUCCAUUUGAUCGGCAGUACAUUCAUUUUAAUAUGCAUAAUACACAAAAAACAUUCAAAUUACACUAUCAAAAGAAUAUUCACACUUUAUCAUCAAUAUCAAACUCUCAUUCAGCGCGAUCAGCAAGUGUUUGGACGGCACUUUUUGGCGGUAGCACAGAGAUGAAUUCCAAUUCGACGAGUAUUCCAUUUACUAUUCAACAAAACGAACCACCAAUGAAGACGAGCACAUCUCGAGGUUGGUUUGUACGAACAAUUGGCGUUGAAGCGAAGAUCAAUACAAAUGAAAAUGGCACAUUAGAUAAUUUGACAAUAUUCGUCUCAAUUCAACGUCGUCGGGAAUCUUUUAUUUACACAAUCAUCUUACCAACGUUAUUCUUCUCAUUUUUUAUUUUCAUUUUCUAUUUCGCACCUGUUGAAGCUCAUCAACGCUUAAUCAUUGGCCUAUUGAAUACAUUCGCAACGUUAACAUUUCUAAUUUAUAUCGAUAGGAAAAUCGAAGCUGAACAAUUAUCCCAUAGUCCACUUUUGAUUCAAUAUUUAACGAUUUUAUUCAUGAUCGAAGCACUAUCAUUGUUUUUCGAUCAUAUCAUUCAUUCGAUAUUUUACGGGGGAAUUAACUUUGUUUCGAACUGGCUACGUAAACGGCAUAAAUACGAAACCCAACAACAACAACCGGCACGUUUAUCCCGUGUAACUAUGUUAACACGUGCAUUGAACAAUCGAAUCAAUCCAAAUAGUUUAGAAACUGAUGGACAGCUGAAUGGUGCAACAGAUUUCUUAAUGAAGCAAUUGAUCGAACGUGAAGAAUCGUUGAAAUUCGAAGAUCAAGAGCGGUAUCAAUGGCGAAAAAGAGCGAGACUUAGACAAAGUAAACAGGAACGUAGCGCUUCAUGUUUAACGAGUAAGAACGAGGUACAAAGAGAACAACAAAUUGUCUCGUACACAUAUAACAUGCCUUCGACUACACUCGAAGAUCUUACGAAUCCAGCACCGAUACCAUUUAAUUUAGCUGGGGAAUCGGCAAUUUCAUCGCUAACCUCAUCCACUUCGUUACCAUCAUCGCGCGAUCGAUGUCGUCGCUGUCAACAACUUGUCUACGUUACUGAACGCAUCGGUCCAGUUAAAGAUUCCCUUUACCAUAAAUUAUGUUUCAAGUGUUUGAAAUGUGAUCGCCAAUUAGAUUUCAAAACUUAUUUUACGAAUUCUAUCGAUCUGAACGACAAAGAAAUUUACUGUCAAAGUCACGUGCCUCGAUCGGGUAAAGGUAUCUUCUCUACAGAUAACAUUCAUAUCCAAAACGUCAUGAAUGCACCGAAAUUGAACGUGAUGCAGAAGUUAGACGAUCGUCUGAAAGGCAUUCACCUUGAUUUUCAAUCAGUUUCAAUUGCUCAUGCUAUGAAAGCUCAACAAAUGUUUCAACAAGGCCGAGAAAAAGUUUCAUCAAAUCAUAAUUUUCCAGCCUUGCCACCGGAUAUUUUACAUGCUCGCGAAGAAGUGCGUCGCGCGCAAAAAUCUCUUGAAGAAAAGCAACGUCAAGAGGAAGAUGAAUUAUUUAUGAAAUUUCGAGUUGAUCGAGAAUUGGAAGAGAAAAAAAUCGAACGCGAAGUUAUUGAUGAAUGGGAAAAGAAACUAGGAUUGCUCACAGCUAAAUAUGAAGAUGAUCUACGAAAGAAGAAAGAUAAAAAUACCGAACCGGAGUUAACGUUACGUUUCACGAAGGAAAAAGCAGAAUUAGAGCAGAACAUGACACUAAAACGGAAUAAAAAACGGGAACUUGUACGCAAACAAAUUAUGGAACGAGAACAAGAAACAACGCAUUCACUCGUGUCGAAAUUCAGUAAAGAAAUGCUCAAUUUGAUUCAAGCCAAAGAGCGAGAAGUGCUUGUCGAAAACGGUGUUGAUGAUCACGUCGCAGCAACUUACUCGAUGCUCCAAUUGAGUCAACCGCCGCCACCUCAGCCACCUCGCCGUCACAAACGUGAUCUUUACGAAGAUCCAUCUAUCUUCGAACAUGUUGAUCAGCAAGCGAUAACCGUGGCUGAAAGUGAACAAACGUCUUACACUGAACUAAUCGAUCAAUUAACAUACGGUCUGAUAACAGAUCUAGAAAAAGCACGCGCUAUAUUUCGAUGGAUAACUGUGAAAGAUUUAAAUGCUAUUGAUUUUCAAACGAAUCUCGCUGCUGAUACACCCAUGGGCUUACUACGGGGAAUCAAAUAUGGAACGGAAACGUACCAUACGUUAUUUAUGCGUUUGUGCAGUUUUGCUGCUUUGCAUUGUGUCGAUGUGAAAGGUCAUUCGAAGAGUGUCGGGUAUGAGCCAGGUAUGCGUAUUGGUGAAGGAAAGUUUACUAAUACAUGGAACGCCGUGUUAAUCGAUGGUGAAUGGAGAUUCGUUCAAUGUAAUUGGGGAGCAAGACAUUUAGUCAUGAGCAAAGAUAAAAAACAAAUCGAAAUCACUCCACCGAAACCAACACGGGAAAAGAUUAAAUAUCAGUACGACGAACAUUAUUUUCUUCCUGAUCCUGAAGACUUCAUUCUCGAAUUCUUUCCCUACAAAUCCGAAUGGCAAUUACUUGAAUCACCAAUAACGUUACAACAAUUCGAACAAUUACCAUUCGUUCGUUCGCUUUUCUUUCAUUAUCAUCUUUCAUUCGUGAAUCAACAACAUGCAGUCAUUCAAACUGAUAAUCGUGGAGCAUGCGACAUUAAACUUCGCAUGCCAGAUUCAUUGAAACAUCGACUAGCAUUUCAUUUUCAUUUACGAUUUUCCAAUCAAUCGACUACAAAUAUACAAACAGACGAUUCAACUGAUUUUCAAGGUGUGAAAUUCGAACGUUACGUUCUACAUACAGUGCAAGACGAUCUCGUUUCGUUUAAUAUUCACGUACCGCAAGAUGGAAACUAUUUCAUUGAAAUAUUUGCAUCACUAGUGGAACCUGAUCCCAAUCCAUUUGGUCAAAGUUUUAAACUGAAGUGUGUUUGUAAAUAUCGAAUCGUAUGUCAACAAUUGGCUCAACGAAUGCAUCCACUGCCUGCCUGUGCAUCAGGCGAAUGGGGUCCGGCAAAGGCCAUUCGUCAUUUUAAUAUUCAUCCUCUCACACAUUUUCAAUCGAUAUUUGAAACACAUCAUUUACCGAUCAUUAUUCAAUUCAAAUGUCCGAAAAUCUUGAAAUUUCAUGGGAAACUAAAUUCCAAUCGCUAUUCAUCGAAUCCGACCAACAAUUCCAUGCAGAAUACUCUCGAUAAAUACGUUCGAUAUGAAUAUAACGAACAGGAUUUCAUCGCAACGUUCAUUAUUCAAUUACCGGCGGAAGGUCAAUUCGGUUUAGAUAUAUACGCACGAGACCCAGAAUAUCAAACUGAAAAACGAACCAUGUCACAUUGUUGUAAAUAUAUUAUAAAUUACACAAAAUCUGCAAUAUCACCACCACCACCAACAGCAAUCGAAACGUAUCACGAUUAUUCGACUGAGAAUGCCAAAUCACAUGAACCCAAGAGAAUGUUAUCGCCAAGAAUUCCUGCAAGGAAUAUCAAGGAACGUAGUGUUUCACCUCGCUCUAUACCAUCAAAUGGUUCAUCUCCUAAGCCGAUACCAAAAAUCGGCGGUAAUCCAGCAUUAUUGUCUCAACUGGGUAUGAAUCCUUUAAGUCAUUCCGAUCCAUCCAUCACUCUGCAUUCCAGUAAUUCUCUUGAAUUACAAUUUCAAAUACGUAAAAUGGUCGAUUUUUCCUUUGAUCUUACCUAUCAUCACACACUUGCUGAUUUGUCAUCUCGAACUCCAUCACUGAAUCUCAAUCAACGGCUAAACGCAUCCGAUUAUGUAACCAUUAAACCAAACGGUGGCUUCAACGUUAUCUUUGCGUUAAUUCUACCGAAACCAGGUGUUUACUCGUUCACUAUCUAUGCCGCACCACCCAAUAAUAAUCAUCUAGGAAAAAACGGACAAACUGAAUUACCAGCUGUUUUCACCUAUUUAAUUCGUUAUGUCUAA